AAAACGCAAUCCCGCUUCAUCUCAUCUUAAAAUAUUGAACGUACUGUUUGGCUGUCGAGAAAGUCUCUGAGAGAAUGUCAGGAAGAGGCAAGGGAGGAAAAGGCUUGGGAAAGGGAGGAGCCAAGAGGCACAGGAAGGUUCUGAGGGAUAAUAUCCAGGGAAUCACUAAGCCUGCCAUUCGAAGACUCGCUCGUAGGGGAGGUGUGAAGCGUAUCAGUGGCCUUAUCUAUGAGGAAACCAGAGGAGUUCUCAAGAUCUUCUUGGAAAAUGUUAUUCGUGACGCUGUUACUUACACAGAGCACGCUCGGAGAAAGACGGUCACCGCCAUGGAUGUAGUUUACGCUUUGAAGAGGCAAGGUCGCACCCUUUACGGUUUUGGUGGUUAAUCUCAUUACGAUUUGUACAAUCAAUCAGUUUCUUUUAGGGUUUUUAGGUAUUCUUUUCCUUUUUGGGUCUAUGACUUAGAUUUGUUAUCUCUCAUGAUCUGAUAUUCAGUGUAAUUUGAGUUUCGCUUCAUUAAAUUGUGAUUGUGAGGAAAUAAAUCGAAAUUACUUGGGCCUUUUAAAUUUGUAAUUUCUCAUUAACUGAUUUUCGAUCUAAUAUGAAUCUCGUUUCUUCAAA